GAUUAGAGGGAAGUCAGAGUAAACGCGUACGAGAACACGAGAUACAUGUCAUUGCGUUGUGCUCGGUGGGACGGUCGUGGUGGCGGUGAUAGUAGCGCGGAUAGUGGUAGGUUCCGCGUGGAUUCAGUGGUGGAGUGAGUCUUGCGAAGCAUAAAUGCGGACACGAGUGGCUUGCGGGAUGGGCAACGUAUACGAACCGCUCGCGUUUCCGCGGAAGUUGAUUGCGUGAUGGCCGGAGUGUAUCCUUACUUGGACCUAGGGAAACUCGAGUGCAGCCGCGCCAAACUCGUGAGGCGGCACAAGCGGCUGGGCGCUAUGAAUGGAUGCGGCCAUGUUCUCCGCUGUUAACAGAAAUUCUGACCGUUCUUAGAAGAAAGUCCUCUCGGAACAGCGGAUCGCAAGCGAACAGCUAACGCGACGCCUAGGAACGCUGUCCUACAGAAUGCCGAAAUGCGACGUGAAGACGAGAUAUCUACCGGCUACCUUCGCGUGGACCCUCCUCCUUGGCGCAACCACGCUCUUCUAUUAUUUCCCGUGUCAGUAUUACUUGUUCCGGUACCCAUGGGUUCCUGCACUGCAAGGAGUUAUCACCUUUUUCGUUCUCUCCAAUUUCACUCUUGCUACCUUUAUGGAUCCAGGUGUCAUUCCAAAAGCACCUCCGGAUGAGGAUCGGGAGGAUGAUUUCCGAGCACCAUUGUAUAAGAAUGUUGAUAUCAAUGGUAUUACAGUACGCAUGAAGUGGUGUGUUACCUGUAAGUUCUAUCGGCCACCAAGAUGCUCACAUUGCAGUGUUUGCAAUCAUUGCAUUGAAACAUUUGAUCAUCAUUGUCCAUGGGUAAAUAAUUGUAUCGGCAGAAGAAACUAUAGAUUCUUCUUCUUUUUCUUAUUGUCACUAAGUCUUCACAUGCUCAGUAUUUUUGGUUUGUGUCUGUACUACGUGCUCGAACACAAACAAAAAUUAAGUGAAGUUAACACCAUUAUUGCAAUGGUGCUCAUGGGAGUUGUAACUAUUGUGUUUAUUCCAAUAUUUGGACUGACAGGCUUCCAUGUGGUUCUUGUAUCCAGAGGUCGCACCACCAAUGAACAAGUUACAGGCAAGUUCAAUGGUGGCUACAAUCCAUUUUCUCGUGGAUGUUUGCAUAAUUGCUGUUACACACAAUUUGGACCGCAGUACCCAAGUUUAAUUAAGCCUGAUAAGUAUUCAGGGAAACGACGUGGAGCUUGCACAUCCGAGAUAUCCACAAUAGACAGAGAGAACCAGGUAAAAACCUACAUGGAUAGCAGCAAUGGUGUUAGAAAUGCCAGUUCAAAUGCUUACAAUAAGUUGUCCCCUGGUCGGGAUGGAUCGGACACUGACAUGGAGCCCACAGCUUCCCAGUCUGCAGACUGUGAACCAACUCCACCGUUACAACGACAUGGUUCCAAGAGCAAUUUUUUCUUGCCUCCCGUCGAGAGUAAUGACUCUCCCAGGCAUCCACCACCUUCGCAACAUCGGCAUCCUAUGCAGUAUCCUAGAGGUAGUCCUCAUCCAAGGCAAAG